CCCACCGGCGACCCGAUUUCCCUUGUAAAAAUAAUGCAACUCACAGUUAUAGUCAGAUCGGACGCCCCCGCGGCGCUAAAAUCGGGCAGAUAAUAUAUAUAGUAUUAUCCACUAAAAUUGGUAUUAUUACAAAGUUCAUCCCCCGCCGGAGAAAAAGUGAAAAACCAUGUGUUGCUAGCGAAUAUCCACGAACGAAAACAGCUGCUAUGACCAAAAUAUCGCUCGGUUCUUCAGAUUGCAUUUUUCUCUUGUUAUAGUUUCCACACCCCUAAGAAAACCAAGGAAAAGCGAGAAAAACUAGCAAGAGGAAGAAGAGUACAACAGAAGAGCAAAACAAAACAAAGCGAUUUAGCUUUCGUUUUCCCUGAUUAUAACACACACCCACACAAAAAUGCAGAACUGGUUGGCCUCCCACGAUGGCGAAGAGGAUGCGAUGGCUGCUCCUUCGUGCUGUCCCUCGUCCUCCGAGAACGGAGGUCGCCUGGGAUCCCGUAGGAUCUUUGGCGACAUAACCACGAACAGACUUUGGACCUUUAGGGUGCUGAUGAACCAGGAACUGGCCGCCAACGAGCAGUUGGCCAUUGUGGGAAAUUGCGAGGCCCUGGGUAACUGGAAGCACUCGGGAGCGGCUCUUUUGUCCAAGGAUGAUGAAGAUGAUGAGGAUAGCAAUCUGUGGACCGGGGAGGUCUACAUUCCGCGUCACUGUGACACGGAGUACCGCUAUAUGGUCUGCGCCCUCGACCCCAGUGCUGAGCAGCUGAUGGUUCGCCGUUGGGAGACCCAAUUACAGCCUAGAGUUAUCAAGGAACUGGAUGAGCAGCCUGCCAAGAGUCACAUGGAUAUAUUCGGCUCGAUAAAUGGGCAGGAGAAGGUGGAUCGCGGAUGGCUGACCAAGGAGACCCUGGUUCAGUUAAAGUUUUUCUACGCCCCCUUUACCUUCAAGCAGCGCAUGAAGAGGAGGCACAUCCAGGUGAAAGUAACGCCCAUGAACCUGAGUAUUCCGAGUGCCAGUUGUGAGUCCAUGGCGCCCGUUUCACCCCUGGAGGACUCCCUGUCGAACGACACCCAUGAUACGAAGGAAAAUGGUGGAGAAUCCUCCACAGCCUUCGCUUUCAGCGAGGUGGUCACCCUGAGUGCGGAUGAGUGUGAAAUCCGGCGUCAAGAGCAAUUCGGCACUGGAUGCGGACCCAGUGACCUGGUCAUAUUCCACCUGACCGUCGGGGACUUUGAGAACACGGCCUACCUGAUCGACUUGUAUAGCUACAGCUCGCGGGUGGCCAGGGAGGACGGUCCUCCGAACCACCUGGGCUAUCACUAUGUGCUCCCGAAUCUCUUCAAGCGAUCCGAAGGCAAUCUAGAGCUACCAAUCACCUGCGCCAAGGGCCAUCGACCCCUGGGAAUGAUGCGUCUGGGCUAUCUUAUCGUGAAGCCCUCAUCGCAGUGCGCCCUCAUGGAUAUGAGUGUCAGCUAUGCCCGGUAUUGGAACAACAAGUGGACGGGCCUGGACGUGGGCCAUCGUGGUUCGGGCACCAGUUUCAAGGCCAAGGAUGCGGUGAUCCGGGAGAACACCAUCACCUCCCUGAAGAAUGCCGCCGAUCACGGUGCCGACAUGGUGGAGUUUGAUGUCCAGCUCAGCAAGGAUCUGGUGCCGGUGGUCUAUCACGAUUUCAUGAUCUACGUCUCGCUGAAGUCCAAGUGCAGUAUGCAGGAGCACGACUUCCUGGCCCUGCCGAUGAGGGAGCUGUCCCUGGAGCAGCUGAGGAAGCUGAAGGUCUAUCACAUAGCCGAGGGGCUGUCCAGGGAGACGCGCUCCUUUCACAACGACGACCUGCUGGAGCACCAGCCCUUUCCCCAGCUGUCCGACGUCCUCGAUGCCCUGGAUGUCCAUGUGGGAUUCAAUAUCGAAAUCAAGUGGUCACAGAGGCUGGAGGAUGGCAAAAUGGAGGAGGAGUUCGAACACGUGGUGGAUAGAAAUCUGUACAUCGACUGCAUAUUGGAUGUGAUCCUACGAAAGGCGGGUAACCGCCGGAUAGUCCUGAGUUGUUUCGACCCUGACAUCUGUACCAUAUUGAGAUUCAAGCAAAAUCGAUAUCCCGUCAUGUUUCUCACCCUCGGCAGGACCACGAAAUACCAGAAGUAUUUGGACCCCAGGGGCAACUCCAUGGAGCUGGCCGUCUGGCACGCGGUGGCCAUGGAGUUCCUGGGCGUUGUGGCGCACACGGAGGACCUGCUGCGAGAUCCCAGUCAGGUGAAUCUGGCCAAGGAGCGCGGUUUGGUGCUGUUCUGCUGGGGCGACGACAACAACUCCAAGGACACCAUCAAGCUGCUCAAGGAGCUGGGCCUGCACGCCAUCAUCUACGAUAAAAUGGAUGUCCUGACCACCAAGGAGGUCAAGCAAAGUGUCUUCCACCUUCAGGCCAAGGACAGCCAGAAGGAGCUGCUGAAAUUGCAGGCCCUGGAAAUGGGACAUGUUUGGCACACCUCCGCGGAUGGAAACGAGGAGCAGCAGGCAUAGGCACUGGAUAUUAUAUCUGCAAGACUAUUUUAUACUCAUCUUUAUGUACGCAAAUACCGCUCUACUAGGACCAAAACUCAUCUGAUUUCUACAUCUUUCAUCUCCAUGCCUCCAUUUCGUCACUUAGCAAAUUGCAUUUGAUUUUUAUAAAUAGUUAAUUAAAAAUGUACUUAAAAUCUGUCCAACCAAAUAAGGAACCUCUUCUUCGCUUCCUAACUAAAUACAACUGCUCUGUACUUCAGUUUUUACGUUCCCAAAGCUCUUAAAAUUAUAAAUUUAAACAACAAAUA